CCAUUGGCCGGCGCCGUUCACCCGGCCGCAGCGCCCCGACCCGCGGCCCUCGAUUGGCUCGCGGAGUCCCACACCCUCUGCGUGGCCCCGCCCCCGGGGUAAGAAGCCUGGGCGGACUCUGGAAAGCUCAGUCGCCGCGCGGGGCGGGGAUUGGUCCGCGCUCCUCGGUCCUCUUCCCAAGACUCCAGGCGGUCGGCGGUUCCCGGGACACCUGCUCGCUUCGCCCGUCCCGCGGUGCUGGGCUUCCCUGCCGCGCUGCCGGUUCUCUGGGCGGGAAGAAGGACUGAGCCGUCCCGUCCCCAACGGAACCCCGAGUGGCGCAGCUGAGCCGUCGCAGGGCGAGAUGAGCGCGGACGCGGCGGCCGGGGCGCCCCUGCCCCGGCUAUGCUGCCUGGAGAAGGGUCCGAACGGCUACGGCUUCCACCUACACGGCGAGAAGGGCAAGGUGGGCCAGUACAUCCGGCUGGUGGAGCCCGGCUCGCCGGCCGAGAAGGCGGGGCUGCUGGCCGGGGACCGGCUGGUGGAGGUGAACGGCGAGAACGUGGAGAAGGAAACCCACCAGCAGGUGGUGAGUCGCAUCCGCGCCGCGCUCAAUGCCGUGCGCCUGCUGGUGGUCGACCCCGAGACGGACGAGCAGCUGCAGAAGCUCGGCGUCCAGGUCCGCGAGGAGCUGCUGCGCACCCAGGAAGCUCCGGGGCAGGCCGAGUCGCCGGCCGCCGCCGAGGCGCAGGGGGCUGGCAACGAAAAUGAGCCUAGCGAGGCCGACAAGAGCCACCCGGAGCAGCACGAGCUUCGGCCUCGGCUCUGUACCAUGAAGAAGGGCCCCAACGGCUAUGGCUUCAACCUGCACAGCGACAAGUCCAAGCCAGGCCAGUUCAUCCGGUCAGUGGACCCAGACUCCCCAGCUGAAGCUUCAGGGCUCCGGGCCCAGGACCGCAUUGUGGAGGUGAACGGGGUCUGCAUGGAGGGGAAGCAGCACGGGGACGUGGUGUCCGCCAUCAGGGCUGGCGGGGACGAGACCAAGCUGCUGGUGGUGGACAGGGAAACCGAUGAGUUCUUCAAGAAAUGCAAAGUGACUCCAUCUCAGGAGCACCUGAAUGGUCCCCUGCCUGAGCCCUUCACCAAUGGGGAGAUACAGAAGGAGAACAGUCGUGAAGCCCUGGCAGAGGCAGCCUCAGAGAGCCCCAGGCCAGCCCUGGUGAGAACCGCCUCCAGUGACACCAGCGAGGAGCUGAAUUCCCAAGACAGCCCCCCAAAACAGGAUUCCACAGUGCCCUCAUCUACCUCCUCCUCUGACCCCAUCCUGGAUUUCAACAUCUCCCUGGCCGUGGCCAAAGAGAGGGCCCACCAGAAGCGCAGCAGCAAACGGGCCCCACAGAUGGACUGGAGCAAGAAAAAUGAACUCUUCAGCAACCUCUGAGCGCCCGAUGCCAGCCACCCAGUGACUGGCAGGGCCGAGCCAGCCUUCCACCCCGCCCUUUUCCUUCUCCCCAGUUAUUCCCGAAUCGACAUACAAAUCAGCAUCCACAUCCCCUUUCUUGACAAAUGAUUUUUCUAGAGAACUAUGUUCUUCCCUUACCUUAGGGAAGGUGAAUGUGUUCCUGCCCUCCCCCAGUCAGAAAGCAGACUCUGCCUCCCUCCUCCUCACUGAGUGCCUCAUCCUACCAGGUGUCCCUUUGCCACCCAGCCUGGGACAUCACUGGGACCUACACAAAGCCAGGAUCAUGGGACCAGAUGAAAGGGCCCCUUCCCUUCCCCCCCCAUGUGAUAACUGGGUUCAGGGCUGAUCAAAGAACUCUGACUGCAGCAACUGCAGCUCGCAGCAGACAGGGCAUCCAUUAUCCUGAGAGCUGUGGCUGAUGUAUCUGUUUUCAUUUGAUUUUUGUUGUUGAAAGAGUGCAGUAUGUUUGCAGAGUCUAGAGUUUUUAUUUCCUUGAUUAACGAUUUUCCUGGUUGUUGCAUCCAGGGCAUGGCCAUGGCCUCAGCCUUAAACUUUUGUUCCUACUCCCACCCUCAGAGAACUGGGUGGUAGGGGGGAGGGUUUGGCUACCCCUGCCCAUCCCUGAGCCAGGUACCACCAUUGUAAGGAAACUUUCAGAAAUUCAGCUGGUUCCUCCAAACC